ACCAUUUGAACGCUGCACAAAUUCGCGAUUUCACACAUGCAUACUUAUAAUGUGUAAAAUCUAUUUAAAUAUCUAAAACUUCGAGCAAAAGUCGUUGAAUACUUCAUUUAUGUUGUUUUUUUGUGCAUUUUACUAUUAGGAUAGACUACUAUUUAUUUGUUUUUUAGACAAAUAACACUUAUGUCAGAGGUAUCAACUGGAACAGAAAGCUCCAGCAUGCUGGGAAAUGAGAAAAACACGGAUGGCCAGAGUGGAGAAGCUGACCCAGCAAUAACACCAAGCUCUGAGGCUUCUGCCAGUGCUAAAAAACACAAGAAGAAGAAAAAGAAAGCAGGUGAUGGAAAAGACGAUCAGCAGAAAGAGAUUAAGAACACAGAUGGGGAAACAGUCAAACAAGAAAUCUCUGAACUUACUCCAGAUGAGCAGCUGAGUCGAGAGUUGGAUUGGUGCAUCGAACAGCUCGAGCUCGGCUUGAGAACUCAAAAAACCACUAGUAAACAAAGAGAAGAAGCUAGCCGUGCUUUAAAGACACUGCGCAGCUCUAAAGCACCCCUGGUGAAGAAGAGGCAGGUAAUGAGAGCCGUCUCUGGAGAUUACAGGAAGAAGAUCGAAGAAGAAAAAAACAGGCAGUUCAAACUCAUACAGUCAGCAAUGACUUCCGCUCGGGUCACCACAGUGACUGAGUGCAAACCAGUGUUUCAUCGGCGAGCAGAGAAAAACACACAGCCCAUAAACAAAACAGAUGGAUCUCAAGAGACGCAAAGUUCCCAGGAGACAAAUGAACACACAAAGACUGAAGAGGACACAAAGUCGUUUGUUUUCACUAAAACGGAUGAGAAGUUUUGUUUUAACUUUGACUUGUGACUGAAGAUAAACUUUAAGAAGCAAAAAUUUGCGUAUUCUGUCAUAAACGGAUUUCUAAAGGAAUUUUUGGUGUUUUUUUACUGAUCAAAUAAAGUGAGUGCUGUUUAUUUAA